AUGCAGCUUCUCUUCCUGCUGACUUUGCUGGUCAGCGCCUGCCAGGUGCAGGGAAAGGCUGUAUUUGCUCACUUUAUGCUAGGGAAUAGUGACAAAUAUACGAAAGCCAACUGGGAACAAGACUUCUCCGCGGCCAAAGAAGCCCACAUCGACGCUUUUGCACUCAAUACAGGGUUUAAUCCAUCAAUUCAUGAUCAGAUCACCGACGCGUUCACAGUUGCUGCCGACCUAGACUUCAAGCUGUUUCUCUCCUUAGACUAUUCAGGGGAUGGGCAUUGGCCACAGGACCAAGUGAUCAAAUACCUGAAGGAAUUCACCAAGCUACCAGCCUACUACAAGACCCCUGACAACAAGCCACUCGUAUCGACCUUCGAAGGAGGGGAAGCUGUGGAUGAUUGGAACAAUAUUAAGAAAAAGGUGGACUGUUCCUUCAUUCCGGAAUGGUCCGGGCUGGGUCCGAGAAGAUCUAUCUCCUAUUCACAGGUCGAUGGUCUGAUGAGCUGGACCGCCUGGCCGAACGGCACGGACAAGAUGACUACGGAUACCGACAGAGAAUUCCUGGAUGCCCUGAACGGAAAGCCGUACAUCAUGCCCGUCUCACCAUGGUUCUACACCAACAUGGAUCGGUUCCAUAAGAACUGGGUAUGGCAGGGCGAUGAUCUCUGGUACACUCGCUGGCAACAGGUCCUCGAGAUUGAGCCAGAAUAUGUCGAAAUCCUCACCUGGAAUGACUAUGGCGAGUCGCAUUAUGUCGGACCCAUACACGAGAGUGGCCUUGACGUCUUCAGAUAUGGGCAGGCACCCUUCGAUUAUGCCAAGGGUAUGCCCCAUGACGGUUGGCGGAAGUUCCUACCGUACGUAAUAGACCUGUACAAGAACGGAGGCAAAGAUGCUCCGAUUGAGAAUGAAGGGCUUGUCAGUUGGUAUAGAAUCAACCCCGCACAUGCAUGUUCCUCAGGACACACCACAGGAAAUACGGAAACGCAAAAUCAAAAGAUAUUGGAACCAGAGGAGGUCCUACGGGAUGAAAUUUUCUUUUCCGCUUUACUGGAAUCCUCUGCCGAUAUCUCUGUCACUAUUGGGGGUAAGGACCGGGCUGCGAGUUGGACCAAUACCCCCAACGGCGGCAAAGGAAUCUACCAUGGCAGCAUCCCUAUCAACAACCAGACAGGAACUGUCGUGGUAACACUCACACGAGAUAACGGCUUCUUAGCGGAAAUACAGGGCCAUCCUAUCACCACUGACUGCGUCAAGAAUAUGACCAAUUGGAAUGCAUGGGUUGGAAAUGCGACCUCAACCGCUCCUAAACCUUCUUCCCCUUCGCCAUCAUCGAAACACGAGUCAUUGUCAAGUAGUAUGGUAAUGUCAGAUCUUAUUCAUGUUUCAAUGGUCUGCACUGCUUUUUUGGUUCUGAUAUGA